GUGUGUGUAUCUGUGCAUAUAUAAGUCCAUUCUCAAUAGUUAUGGUGAGAAACAAGUGUUAGCAGAUACCUAAACAUGGGUUUGGCAACCAAGCGUUUCAUAUUCCUUCUGGUUGCAGUUCUUGUAGCCUCAACACCAGAGGCUAAGAGGCCCAAGGUCACCCAUAUUGAGUUCUACAUGCACGAUAUAGUUGGUGGUCCGAACCCGACAGCCGUCCGGGUUGCAGGCCGUGCCUCCAACUUCUCGAGCUCAGACCCAAUCGCGUCCAUGUUCGGGUCCAUCUUUGUGAUGGACAACCCGCUCACUGCCACUCCGGACUUGAACUCAACUCUGCUGGGCCGGGCCCAGGGGAUCUAUGCCAUGUCGUCGCAGCACGAUGAGUUUAGCCUCUUAAUGACGCUUACAUAUAACUUCAUUAGUGAUGCUUACAACGGUAGCUCGUUUAGCGUGGUUGGUCGAAAUCCGGUGAUGAGGGAGGUUAGGGAAAUGCCGAUUGUUGGAGGUACAGGAGUGUUCAGGCUCGCCCGCGGAUAUUGCUUGGCGAGGACAUUUUCCAUGAACCAAAUGGAUGCGGUUAUUGGAUACAAUGCUACCUUAAUUCACUGAGAAAUUGUACGAAAAAUUGGCGAUACAGAAUUUCUAUGUCAUGCGAUAUGAAAUAAUACAUAGAUUUUGCGAACUUUUUUUUGUCGUUGCGUAAGAGUUUGAACGUUAAUAUACGCUAAUAAAAUCUCUA